AUGAAUAUUAGCGAUAUAGAAUUCUUGAAUUAUGUGACUAAUAUAAAAAAUAUGGAUAUGCUACAACUGUUCUCAAAGGAUUGGAUGACAUAUCACGAACAUAUAGUUUAUAUUAAUAUAUAUCUACAUAACCAUAAGGAUAUUAUAGAUAUUACACAAGAUGAACGAAUGAAUGUUAUUUUGAAAAGGUUUGAAAUUAUCCUGAGAGAUUUAAUAAAAAUUUAUUUCAUUCGCUUUCUAUAUUUUGAAAAGAAAGAAGAAAAUAUUUCUAUAAUUAAUAAAAAUGAGAAAGUACAAUCUGAAAAUAUAAUGGAUGAAGAUACAUUGAAUCAUAUUCGUAUAUCUAGUUAUAUAUUGAUGUAUCAUGAAUUGUCUCUUUUGAACAUAAUCGAAUUUAUCUUAUAUUCUGAUUACGUUUAUGAUCAUAUAGAGACUUACAUGAUAAACAUCAUAUCAUACGUAUAUUCGAAUUUAAUAUCAUUCCUAGGAACGAAAUCAGAGCAAUAUUUUGUGAAACCCAUAAGCGAAAUGUUCAUAAAUGAGAUGGUAUUAGAAGAAGAAGAUAAUACAUACAAUGUUGACAAGCUAAAAAUAUAUCUCAAUAUAAUAAAUAUACUUCGAAAUAUUACUGAUAAAAUUCACCUUUUGAAUAAUACUGUUGUAAAUAAAAUAGUUGAUUACGACAUGCUAUUAAUUUUAAUCCCACUUAUUGAAAAAAAACCAUGGAGACAUCAAAAUUAUGUGUUCGAAAAAAAUGAAUGGAUAAGAACUGAUGAUCAUACAUUAUGUAGUGUUGAAAAACAACUAUGGCUAAUAUUAUAUACUCUCAUAUUAAGCGAUUCAUGCCAACAAAAAUAUGAAAUGACUAAUUAUAGAAGGAACAAUAUUCUGAAG